ACUCGUCGGAGUGAGUCCUCUUCCUUCUUGUUAAUCUUUGGACAGAUUCCCGGAUGUUCGCCCCGCCCCCUUUUUUAAAACGUCAACAGCGCCAAACUUGUGGUUCCCAAACGGGAAGAUGAGCAGUGAAACCGAGGGGCCACAAUGGAGGAAAAUAAAUUCGGUUGCAGGAGUGAUACCUCGGUCCAGACAUGGACACCGAGCAGCGGCAAUACGGGAGCUGGUUAUUGUGUUCGGCGGAGGAAACGAAGGGAUAUCAGAGCAGCUCCAUGUUUACAACACUGUUUCAAAGCAGUGGUUCCUUCCGGCUGUGAGGGGGGACAUCCCGCCCGGCUGUGCUGCCCAUGGUUUCGUCUGUGAAGGCACCAGAGUGCUGGUCUUUGGGGGCAUGGUUGAGUUUGGGAAAUACACAAACAGCCUUUAUGAGCUUCAGGCUAGUCGCUGGCUGUGGAAGAAACUGAAGCCCAGAGCGCCAAAGAAUGGCUCGCUUCCUUGUCCACGGAUUGGACACAGCUUCACUCUUCUGGGAAACAAAUGCUACCUAUUUGGAGGGCUGGUUAAUGAUAGUGAAGACCCCAACGGCAAUGUACCAAGAUACAUGGAUGACUUCUAUGAGCUGGAGCUGCAGUCUGUUUCAGGGGCACGAGGAUGGAGCAUCCCAGAGACCAAGGGGGGUGGUCCCUCAGCUCGGGAAUCUCACACCUCGGUUGCCUACACUGGACUCGGCUCCUCGAAAUUAUACAUCUUCGGAGGGAUGCAGGGAUCCCGGUUGGAUGAUCUCUGGCAGCUCGACAUCGACACAAUGGUUUGGUCCAUGCCUAAAACAAGGGGCUCCAUGCCACUCCCCAGAAGCCUUCACUCUGCAAAUGUCAUCGGAAACAAGAUGUAUGUGUUUGGUGGCUGGAUUCCUGUCCCAGAGUCCGUAAAACACAAGGCUCCAGGAAUAGAAUGGAUCUGCACUAAUUCCUUAAGUGUGCUCAACCUAGACACCAUGAGUUGGCAGAACCUGGGACCAGAGCAGCAGGACGAUAUUGAGUCCCAGCUGCAGAGCCAGGGACCUCGGAGCGAUGAUCCGUACGCCUGUAGACCUGGAGUCAGAGCCGGCCACUGUGCUGCCACCGUCGGGUCCAGGCUUUACGUCUGGAGUGGCCGUGACGGAUACCGUAAGAGCUGGAACUACCAGGUCUGCUGCAAGGACCUCUGGUACCUGGAGACAGCUAAACCAGCGACUCCAGAGGCGGUGCUGCUCAUCAAAUCCACCGUCAGCAUGCUUCACGUAGCAUGGCGACCCCUUGCAGCGGCGGACUGCUACAUCCUUCAAAUCCAGCCUGUGUGUCCUCCCAGCACUCUAGCCGGUGGUCCGCCAGCCACACCAGUAGAUCCCACUGCAGCAGACGGAGGGGAGGGCAAGGGAAAAGACUCCGAGGGUGUCCAAUCCGUUCAACCUCAAAGUGAAAGAACCUCGAAUAAAGAAGCGAAAACAUCUGCUCAGGUCAGUUCAUCACAGCAGGAAACUACAGAAAAAUCCCCCAGUGGCACGACACAGAGCAGAGGAGAGGGAGAGAAGGGGACUGAGGAGGACAGUCGACGGGCGACAUCGACAGCAGAGGUCAGGAGCUCAGCUCAUCAGCAGCCAGAGAAACUUCCCGAUUCUGCUGACAAGACUUCAGAUUUGUACACGCACACUGAUAAGAAGAAUCCAGAGGAAUCCGUUUGGUUUGAUGCCGGCGUCUUCAAAGCACUAUUCUCAGAGGUCCACCAUUACUUUCUGCCUGCUGACAGUGAGCAGGCGAUCGCUGCUCUCAGCGGCCGAACACCACAUACUAAAGAGAAGUUGCCGGGGCCUCAGGACUACCAGAGCCGAGAGAAGCGGGAGCUGAAUCCAGGUCAGCCCUACAGGUUCAGAGUUGCAGGCAUCAACUGUUUCGGACAGGGAGACUUCAGCCCAGUCAGCGAGUUUAAAACCUGCCAGCCCGGCUUCCCUGGAGCGCCCUCUGCUGUCAAAAUCACCAAGGCCAGCGAUUCGGUCCACAUCACGUGGGAGGCGCCCUCCUCUCCAUCGGGUCGGAUUCUGGAGUAUUCCAUGUACAUGGCUGUGAAGAAGAGCCGCUCCAGCAGCUCUGAGCGUCCCGGUCAGAUGUCUUUCAUCAGGAUCUACCGGGGCACCAAGAUGUCCUGCUCGGUCAGCUCCACCCACCUGGACAACGCUCACAUCGACUGCUCCGCCUCCAACCGCCCGGCCGUCGUUUUUCGAAUAGCUGCCAAGAACGAGCAGGGCUACGGGCCAGCGACACAGAUCCGCUGGAUUCAAGAUCCCACUAAAUUGCGAGCGUCUACAUCAAAAACGGACAAUGAUGAGGCUGACCAGGAUGCUGCUGAUAGUUCCAGCUGAGAGAUGAUCAGACAAGUGACAACGCGUUUGGAGACCAUGUGCAGAAAGUGGGCAUUAAAACCUGCUCAAAUGUUUUAUAUUUCUAGAUAGUUUUGUUAAUUUAUUUUUUUAUGUAUUUAAUUAUUCCCUUGUAAAUAGAUAAUCUUCACAGGAAUUUUGACCACUUUUUAUUUUUUAGUUGAGCUCAUUUUUUUAAAAGUAAUUUUUAUGAUGCAGACCAAAACUACAUAUAUGGUUUAAAACUUGUCAGAGGUGUGAGGUGCCUUCGAAUUCAUCAUGAGCUAUGGAUGCUUCAUCCAGAUUGUCGUGCUUUUGAAUAAAACAUGGGCUGUGAAAUGUGUCACUAAACCAUCAUAAGGGACGUAUAACCUUUUUUUUUUAUAGCUGACGGACACCAUGUCCAAUCAUCAAAGAGGUUAUGUAAAACAGGUUUAUUCCUUUUUCAACAUUUUUUUACUCAUAGUUGUAUGACUCUAAAAACAUUGUCAGUAUUAUAACUUUUACAUCAGUGGUUCUCAACUGGUCCAGACUCAGGAGGUGGCAGAGCAAAGAAUUGGAACAAAACAAACAUGUUUAAAAGAGGCUUGAUAGACUUCUUGACAGUUUUUUUUCCUCCAGGACACACGAUAGCGACCCACUGAGCACAGCCUCGCGACCCACUUUUGGGUCCCGACCCACCAGUUGAGAACCACUAAUUUUCAUAUUUGUCUGUGUUGUACUUCCUUUAUUGUCAUUGUUUUCUCAAGAUGUUUACUUUGUCAACAUGUUACACAUUUAAGUUAAAAUAAAUUCUGAUGUAAUUCAAAACUUGUAUGCACAACUCAUUCUCCAGAUAUGAAUUAAAGGAAUCAAAAGUGCCACGGACAUUACAAGGAAA